AUUAUGACGUCGUCUACGCGGAAAGAAAAAAAAAUAUGUGACGUAGAAACCAAGAUGGCGGCUCCCCUUUCCACGAUGAAAUUUUGGAAGCCGGGGUCCGAGGCUCCGGGAAUCUCAGAGGAGCGGGAGCUCAACACAGAGACAACCGGCUCCCCCAUCAUCUUCAACCCGCACACAGCCCUGUCCAUAGAGAAACAGCGACAGAAACUCCCUGUUUUCAAGCACAGAAACAACAUCUUAUACUUGGUGGAGAGCUUCCAGACUGUCAUCAUAGUUGGUGAGACGGGAUGUGGGAAAACAACACAAAUACCUCAGUACCUGCUGGAGGCUGGCUGGGCGACGGAGGGGAAGGUGAUUGGAGUGACACAGCCUCGGCGUGUGGCUGCCAUCUCUGUAGCUAACCGUGUAGCAGAGGAGCGGGGGGCCCUGGUGGGACAUGAGGUGGGCUACACCAUCCGAUUUGAUGACUGCUCUGAUCCCCACGCCACAAGGAUCAAGUUCCUUACAGAUGGCAUGUUGGUGCGGGAGAUGAUGGCCGAUCCUCUUUUGAAAAAAUACAGUGUGUUGAUGCUGGACGAAGCACAUGAGAGAACCAUGUAUACAGACAUAGCCAUCGGUCUACUAAAGAAGAUUCAGAAAAAGCGGCAAGACCUGAGGCUGAUUGUGGCCUCUGCCACUCUGGAUGCCAAGAAAUUCCACGACUUCUUCAACCUGAACGAGUCCGGGGAUCCUAACAAGGACACGUGUGGAAUUCUGACAGUGGAGGGACGUACCUUUCCAGUGGAUGUCUUCUACACUGUCAGUCCUGUCCCAGACUAUGUGAAGGCCACAGUGGAGACAGUGCUGAAGAUCCAUGAGACGGAGGAUGAUGGAGACGUCCUGGCUUUUCUUACUGGGCAGGAAGAGGUGGAGAAAGUGGUGUCCCUUCUGCAGGACCAGGCCAGGUCUCUGUCACGAUACGGCAUGAAGAAACACCUGAGAAUUUUGCCCAUGUACUCUGGUCUACCUUACGCUGAGCAGAUGAAGGUCUUUGAGAGGGCGCCCAACUCUGUUCGCAAGGUUGUGGUGGCCACAAACAUAGCUGAGACCUCCAUCACUAUAAAUGGAGUUGUGUUUGUCAUUGACUGUGCAUUUGUGAAGCUGCGAGCCUAUAACCCUCGCACUGCCAUCGAAUCGCUGGUGGUUACUCCCAUCUCCAAGGCUUCAGCCAGCCAGAGGGCUGGGAGAGCCGGACGAAACCGACCUGGGAAAUGCUUCAGACUAUACACAGAGGAGGACUUUGAGAAACUGCCUGCCUCUACUGUGCCAGAGAUGCAACGCACCAAUUUGGCCCCUGUCAUCCUGCAGCUCAAAGCAUUAGGCAUUGACAACGUGCUGCGGUUCAGCUUCCUUUCUCCUCCUCCAGCUCAGACCAUGGUUCAGGCUCUAGAGCUGCUCUACGCUCUGGGAGGUCUGGACCAUUACGGACGUUUGACUGAUCCCAUGGGUGUGCGGAUGGCAGAAUUUCCUCUCAGUCCCAUGUUUGCCAAGAUGCUCCUCGAGUCAGGAAACUUUGGCUGCUCCAAAGAGAUUGUUACCAUUGCAGCAAUGAUGCAGAUUCAGAAUAUAUUUGUUGUGCCGUCCAAUCAGAAGAAAGCUGCUGCCCGAGAGCACAGGAAGUUUGCAGUUGCUGAGGGAGACCACCUCACCAUGCUGAAUGUGUACGAAGCAUUCAUUAAGCACCAGAAAAGCUCCCAGUGGUGUCAGGAACACUUCCUCAAUUACAAGGGUCUGCUGCGGGCUGUGACUGUACGAGAGCAGCUCCGGCGUCUCAUGAACAAGUUUAAGGUGCCACGGACUUCAAGUGAAGGUGACCCUGAUGUGAUCUUGAAGUGCAUUGUAUAUGGGUUUUUUGCUAAUGCAGCCCGCAUCCACCAUUCUGGUUCCUACCGGACUUUACGAGACGACCGCGAGCUUCACAUCCACCCUAACUCUGUGCUGUUUGGAGAGAAACCUCCAAAAUGGGUUGUUUUCAAUGAAGUAGUGCAGACGGCAAAAUACUACAUGCGCGAUGUGACAGCUGUGGAAUCGUCCUGGUUGGUCGAGUUGGCCCCUCACUUUUACAAGCAGGCCAAGCAUGGUUCACUGGCUAGCAAGAGGUCCCGGGUCCUCUGAAACUUACCAUCCCUUCAUCGUGUUAAGACAGGAAGACUCAUUGCAUUAAAAGGAAAAACACCCUGCGAAACUGCCACUGUGCUCCUCUCCAUUUCAUUGUAUAUAAAAGUGUUAUAUAUUUCUUGUCCACGUGCAACCUCACCACACGAUGUGGCCAUGCUAGAAUGGGAUUAAAUGGAUGCAUUUUUAGCAUUGAGAUUACCGCACGUGACUUCAUUUAAAAGCAUCUGUCUGUUUUGGCAGUGAUGUAGUUUAUAUGUGAUUUGUGAGAGUAAAUAGUGAUGAAUGUGAGAUGAGACCAGGCUGUGUCAAUCAAGUAUGGCCACAUAGUUCACUUCAUUCACACUUGUACAUAGUCAGAACAGGCUCAGGUCCAGGGAACGACUGGUGUGCCUCAGGCACCCGUCCACACCUGGUUCUUGGCUUCAUUAUUUUUUUAAUUGCUGUAUUUUUCUGCUGCAUGAUAAAUAAUGGAAGACAAUGGUAUGUGAGGAGGAUUCCCUUUGAGAGACUUAUAGGUCAGUUUUUGGGGUCCCCCCAGCCCCAGCUCAGUUUAGCCUGGUUUAUAGCUUUAUGUUUUUAACUGGCUUACUUUAUCUCUUAGUUCUUAUGUUUUUAGUUCUCUGUACCUUCAUACAGAAUGUAGUGUUAUAUAUUUUCAGGAAGGAAACGUCUUUAUCUUCUUGGUCUAAUAAUGAUACUGUGAAAAGACUCCUUUACUUUAUGAUCCUGGUUUUCCACAGUAUUGUCACUUUACUAUAGUCUAGCGCCGACAUAGUGGCCUUGUCACCACUCUGUGCCAAUUUUUCUUUAUAAGCCUACUUCACAUUUCACCCAAGCAUUGCAAAUGAAAAGCUGUGAAAUCAAAUCUAAAAAUGAAGUGCCAUUUGUUCCUGUGAUGACAUAAAGUGCAUUAAGAGCCUCAAAGAAAUGGUAGCAUUUAUUCGAUUUCAGCCAUCAUAAUUGCCUUUCUUUUUACGAUUUUUGAGCAAGAAAUUAUGUACUUUUUGUCCCGUUAUCAUUAACAUCAAGCCCAGGUGUUCCAAAAAAUGGCCAAUUCUUUUGUGAUUUACAUUCCAUAUUAUGGUUAAGUUUUUCUUCAGAGGUAUUUAGCCCUGACAGCGUCAGUAAGCAGCAUAUUAAAGUUUUGUCAUUUGCUUUCAAACAAGAAAGGUCACUGUCACCAAAUCUUUAUUUGUGCCUGCAUGGUUUUUUUGUAGAUCUGGUUCUUGGUUCUACUGUAGGUAGAUUCAGUAAAAUUGUAGUCAAACCACAGAACAACUUGCCAUUUCGUAAAUAAGUAAACCAACUCAAAUUAAAUGGAUAUACAAAUGGAGUACCUUUGCAUGUUAAAUGGUACUCUGAUGUAGAUGAUAAACAUUACACAUUACAAUCACCUUGUAGGACUUAUUGCAAAUGAAAACAUUGAUAUGUUUUGCUGAUACUAAGUAUGUAUGCAGCCAAAGCAGUAAUCUGUAGACCUGUGUAAUUGCUCACCUUUGAGAUAAAAACUGUCACCUACCAUUUACUCCUCACAUCCUCAAAUAAAGCCUUAUUGGUCAUGUACUGAG